ACACACUUGGUGCGCGAGUGUGUGCGAUUGGUUUUGCGGUCUGUAUAUUGAGGACUUUGAGGAGUGAAAAUCAGAGGGUCUCUGCCUUUCCGCUUGCUAGGGUUUGCCUCACUUUCAAUUUUUCCGCCCUCACGGAAAAAUUGUGCCUGUUAAUUUAUAUCUGCGCCGCUUCUAGGGUUUCGCCUCAUUCCUGAACCACUUUUUGCGAUUUAACCACAAUGACCGGCAAAAAUGUGAUCUCCGACGAUGAAGAUGAGAUUGGAGUCGACGAAGAAGAAAGAGACGAGGAGCCUUAUGGAGACCGCGGUGGUGAUCGUGGCGGUGACGAUGAAGAUGAAGAAGACGACGAGGAAGGACAGGAUGAAUAUGAAAACGAUGGAUUUAUAGUGAACGAUGUUGAGGAAGAAGAGGACGAGGAAGAAGAUCGAGUUGAUAGUGAUGAGGAGCAGAAGAAAAAGAAAAGAAAGAAAAGGGAUCAAUUCAUGCUUGAUGAGGAUGAUUAUGAACUCCUCCAGGAAAGCAAUAUAUCUGUCAAUCGUUCAAAGCUCGAAAGUAAGAAGUUUAAGCGACUGAAGAAGGCUAGGAGGGAUGCAGAAGAAGAGCCUUCCGGGUUUUCCGAUGAAGAAGAAUUUGAUAGAAGUGGAAAGGGUGGGCGUACUGCUGAGGAGAAGCUCAAGCGUAGUUUGUUUGGUGAUGAUGAUGGGCAACCUCUUGAGGAUAUUGCAGAGGAGGAUGAACAGCUUGAAGAAGAAGAUGAUGCAGACAUUGGUGAGGAGGAUGAGAUGGCUGAUUUCAUUGUUGAUGAAGAAGAAGUUGAUGAGCAUGGAACCCCUGUUAGGAGAAAGAAACCUAAGAAAAACAGACAGCGCCCAGGGAUUUCCUCAUCUGCACUCCAGGAAGCACAUGAAAUUUUUGGUGAUGUUGAAGAUCUCCUGAGGCUUCGCAAGAUAGAUGUGCGAGACAGGUUUGGUGAAACUAGUGAAAGGAGUCUUGAAGAUCAGUUUGAUCCUAGUGUGCUUUCUGAAAAGUAUAUGACAGAGAAGGAUGAUCAAAUACGGGAAAUCGAUAUUCCUGAAAGAAUGCAGAUAUCUGAGGAAAGUACAGGCCAUCCCCCAACAGAUGAGUUCAGUGUCAAAAUGGAGACCGAGUGGAUAUACAAUCAACUUGUCAGUGGUAUGGUACCUUUGUUCAACAGGAGUGGUACUACAAAUGAAGAAGUAGAUGAUGAGCUGAAGCGGCAUAUAGCUAGAUUCUUGGAGUUGAUUCACGUUCAGAAUUUAGACGUCCCAUUCAUUGCUAUGUACAGAAAAGAGGAAAUAUUAAGCCUUCUAAAGGAUCCAACUGAUCGCGAAGCUGGCAUUGAAAAUGAUAUGAAUCAAAAGCCUACGCUGAAGUGGCACAAGGUGCUUUGGGCGAUUCAGGACUUGGAUCAGAAGUGGCUUCUUCUUUUGAAAAGAAAAAGUGCUCUACAGUCAUACUAUACUAAGCGAUUUGAAGAAGAGAGAAGGAGAGUGUAUGAUGAGACACGCCUAAGAUUAAAUGAACAGCUCUUUCAGUCAAUCACUAAGUCACUUGAAGCUGCUGAUUCGGAAAGAGAAGUGGAUGAUGUAGACUCAAAAUUUAAUUUACAUUUCCCUCCUGGAGAAGUUGUCCUAGACGAAGGCCAGUUUAAAAGACCAAAGAGAAAAUCACAUUACAGCAUUUGUAGUAAAGCUGGACUGUGGGAGGUUGCAAGCAAAUUUGGUUACAGCUCUGAGCAAUUUGGUUUGCAGAUAUCUCUGGAGAAAAUGAGAAUGGAUGAAUUGGAGGAUGCUAAAGAAACACCGGAGGAAAUGGCUUCUAAUUUCACCUGUGCAAUGUUUGAGAUACCUCAAGCAGUAUUGAAAGGCGCAAGGCACAUGGCAGCGGUUGAAAUUAGCUGUGAACCAUGUGUUCGGAGACAUGUGCGCAGUAUCUUUAUGGACAACGCUGUAGUGUCAACUAGUCCUACACCUGAGGGAAACACAGCUAUUGAUUCUUUUCACCAGUUCUAUGGAGUAAAGUGGUUGAAGGACAAACCACUUAACAGAUUUGAGGAUGCUCAAUGGCUUUUGAUUCAGAAAGCUGAAGAGGAGAAGCUCUUGCAAGUUACUAUCAAGCUUCCUGAAGUAGUCCUUGAUAAGUUGAUAAGCGACUCAAAUGAUUAUUAUUUGAGUGAUGGUGUAAGUAAAUCUGCUCAGUUGUGGAAUGAGCAGAGGAAACUGAUUCUUAAUGACGCAUUUAACAAUUUUCUUCUUCCUUCAAUGGAAAAAGAAGCAAGAUCACUGCUGAUAAGUAGAGCUAAAUCAUGGCUACUAUCAGAUUAUGGGAGGCAAUUGUGGGAUAAAGUAUCUGUUGCACCAUACCAACGGAAAGAAAAUGAUGCCAAUUCUGAUGAAGAAACUGCACCCAGGGUUAUGGCUUGCUGUUGGGGCCCUGGAAAGCCAGCUACAACCUUUGUGAUGUUAGAUUCAUCUGGAGAAGUUUUGGAUGUAUUGCAUGCUGGUUCCCUCAGCAUUCGUGGUCAAAGUGUCAAUGAACAGCAACGUAAAAGAAAUGAUCAGCAGAGAGUGCAAAAGUUUAUGAUGGACCAUCAACCACAUAUUGUAGUUUUAGGAGCAAAUAAUUUGUCUUGUACGCGGUUGAAGGAGGACAUUUAUGAGAUAAUCUUCAAGAUGGUGGAAGAUAAUCCUCGUGAUGUUGGUCAUGAGAUGGAUAAUCUGAAUAUUGUCUUUGGCGAUGAAUCUUUACCGCAUCUGUAUGAAAAUUCUCGUAUCUCAGUUGAUCAGCUUCCUUCACAAGAAGGUAUCAUUAGACGUGCUGUGGGUCUUGGACGUCAUCUUCAGAAUCCAUUAGCAAUGGCUGCCACAUUAUGUGGGCCGGGUAAAGAGAUAUUAUCUUGGAAGCUUAACCCUUUGGAGAACUUUCUUACUCCUGAUGAGAAGUAUUGGAUGGUUGAACAAGUGAUGGUAGAUGUAACAAACCAGGUGGGCCUUGAUAUUAAUUUGGCUGCCAGUCAUGAAUGGUUAUUUGCUCCUCUACAAUUUAUUUCUGGUCUAGGACCCAGAAAAGCAGCUUCUCUCCAGAGGUCCCUAGUAAGAGCAGGUGCCAUCUUCACUAGGAAAGACCUGCUGCAAUCUCAUGGGCUUGGCAAAAAGGUUUUUAUCAAUGCUGUUGGGUUCCUCCGAGUGCGACGUAGUGGAUUGACUUCCAGUAGUAGUCAAUUUAUUGAUCUGUUAGAUGACACCAGAAUUCAUCCAGAAUCAUAUAUUCUCGCACAAGAUUUGGCCAAGGAUAUUUAUCGGGAGGAUGGGAAUGAUGAUACCAAUGACGAAGAUGAUGUCCUGGAAAUGGCGAUCGAGCAUGUCAGGGAGAAGCCACAUUUACUGAGAGCUGUAGAUGUUCAUGAAUAUGCUGAGCAGAAAAAUCACCUGAACAAGAAAGAAACCCUCAAUGACAUUAGAUUGGAAUUGAUGGAAGGUUUUCAGGAUCGUCGCAGACCCUUUGUAGAACCAAGUCAGGAUGAAGAGUUUUGCAUGAUCACUGGAGAGACAGAAGAGGAACUCUCUGAAGGAAGAAUUGUGCAGGCCACAGUUCGAAAGGUGCAGGGUCAGAGAGCAAUUUGCGUCCUCGAAUCUGGAUUAGCUGGCAUUCUCAGUAAGGAGGAUUACAUGGACGAUUGGAGGGAUAUCAACGAGUUAAAUGAGAAGCUGAGUGAGGGUGAUAUUUUGACUUGCAGAAUUAAAUCAAUUCAGAAAAAUCGCUAUCAGGUGUUUUUAACUUGUCGAGAAAGUGAAAUGAGGAGUAACCGUAACAGGAGUCACAGAAUGACAGAUCCUUAUUAUCAUGAAGAACGCGGCACUCUGCAAACUAUUCAGGAAAAAGCUCGCAAGGAGAAGGAACUUGCAAAGAAGCAUUUCAAGCCGAGAAUGAUCGUUCACCCACGCUUCCAAAAUAUAACGUCUGAUGCUGCGAUAGAGUUUUUGUCCGACAAGGAUCCCGGUGAAAGUGUCAUACGCCCUAGUUCUCGUGGGCCAUCAUUUUUGACAUUGACUCUGAAAGUUUAUGAUGGGGUAUAUGCUAACAAGGACAUUGUAGAAGGUGGAAAAGAGCACAAGGAUAUAACCAGCUUGCUUCGGAUCGGGAAAACACUGAAAAUCGGGGAGGAUACAUUUGAAGAUCUUGAUGAGGUAAUGGAUCGUUAUGUAGAUCCACUGGUAGCUCAUUUGAAGUCGAUGCUGAAUUACCGAAAGUUCAGGAGGGGUACUAAAACUGAAGUUGAUGAGCUCCUCAGAAUUGAAAAGGCCGAGAAUCCUAUGAGAAUUGUAUAUUGCUUUGGGAUAUCUCAUGAGCAUCCUGGCACAUUCAUCUUGACGUAUAUACGGAGUUCUAAUCCUCACCAUGAGUACAUAGGUCUCUAUCCAAAGGGAUUUAAGUUCCGGAAACGAAUGUUUGAGGACAUAGACCGUCUUGUGGCUUAUUUUCAGAAACAUAUUGAUGACUCAGCUGACUCUACUCCGUCGCUACGAUCAGUUGCUGCUAUGGUGCCAAUGAGGAGUCCUGCAACUGGGGGCUCAUCUGGGUCCGGUGGUGGCUGGGGCAAUUCAUCCAAUGAUGGAGGCUGGAGAGGAGGCCAAUCUUCAGACAGAGACAGGAAUUCUGGCCCUAGAAGUGGGAGGGGUGAUUACAGAAAUGGCGAUGGGCAUCCCAGUGGAGCACCUAGACCAUAUGGUGGGCGAGGACGUGGUCGUGGCCGGGGCCGUGGGUCAGAUUCUUAUGGUAAUGGCAGGGAUGACAGGCAGGACCAAGACCGUGGUUCACAAAAGUGGGGUUGGAAGGAUGGUGAUGGUGGUGGUGGAUGGGGGAGUGGCUUCUCUGGAUCAAAAGCCCAGGAUUCACUGGGCGGUGGUGGUAAUGCUGGUGAGGGCAGCAGCACUGGGUGGGGUAACUGGGGAGGAGAUGGUGGGGGUUCGGGUGCGGAUGCAGGUAAUUCGGGGUGGGGAGAUGCCAAGAAGAGUUCAGAUGGCGGUGGUUGGUGAUAAAUAUCAGUUCCGCAGUGGAUGGAUGUUCUUGUAAUUUUUGUUAUCUCUCUACUCUACUCUACUCAAGUGUUGAAUUAGGCGUUCAGCUCCUAGCUUCUUUCUCGGACAAUCUACUAUCUGUUGGUCUAUGCUGAAUCUUUCUUUCUCGGACAAUCUACUAUCUGUUGGUCUA